AUGACAGUUGAGAAGCAUCUGAUUGCCGUCUUUGGUGCCACAGGUGCACAAGGAGGCUCGGUCGCUCGGUCUCUACUUUUCAAUCCCAAUUUCCGAGUUCGCUGCAUCACUCGGAACACUGCUUCUACGAACGCUCAAGAGCUGGUCAAGCUAGGCGCCGAAGUUGUCCAGGCACAUGGAUUCAAGGACGAGGAGCUACUGAGUGCCUUCAGUGGGUGCUGGGCGGCUUUCGUGAAUACCAACUCGGAGGAUCCAGCUAACCGGAGAAAGGAACUGGCUUCAACUGGCCGCAAUGACUUUGAUCUAGGAAGUAAUGUUGUUCGAUGCGCUGCUCGUGCCGGCGUCCAGCAUCUAGUCUACAGCUCAGCGCCAUCUCCAGCCGUGUUGACUAACGGAGCUGUUACCCUUCAGGCUUUGGACUUAAAAUGGAGAGUCGAACAAGUUGCGCUUUCGGAACCUUUCAAGACCGUCACUCCCAUCACUGCCGCAUGGUAUAUGGAAAACUGGUUUCACGAAGGCUUUUCCGAUCUCUUUGGCGGAUUCCCAACAAUUCCCGACUCGGAAGGGUACUUGACUUACAAGAUUCCGCCCUGGGGCGGCAAAGAAGACUUCCCUUGGAUUAGCAUGACGGAUGACUUUGGUGACUUAGUUCAUGGGGUUCUGCUACGGCCGUUGCGUUGGAAUCGUCGUCCUAUUCAGGGAACCAGCGCAAUUGCGUCCUCUGAAGAAGUGGUCCGCACGUUCAAGUCUGUCACUGGUAAAAAGGCACGUCAUAUCCCACUGGACGAUCCCAAUGACAUGAAAACUUUGGGGGAGCACUGGAGAGAGGAGGAAAGAAAUGAGUUCUUCUUUACGCCCAUCCGGGACGGCGAAUAUUUCUGCAAUGGCCCGACCGAAAUUGAAACCUCGACUGCUCUCAAGAAGGCUGCAUUUGAAGCAAAGGGCCGACAAGGAAGGGAAACACUCAUGACUGUGGCUGAGUUCUUCAGGCGUGGGUUUGUAAAGGAAUGA